AUGGCCAGUAACAAUCCAUUUAUAGUUGUGCUUCUUUAUCCCGAUUGUCGCAUGAGAAAUAGUGACAAAGGGGUGCCAUUUGAGUGUCAGGAUCCGAUAUUGUUUCGCACUCAGCAUGUAGAGACGUUGUCAGAUUUGAAGAGUUUGAUAUUGAGUAAGGUGGGUGGGACACAAGCGAGAAAAAUCGGAAGGGUGGCGUAUAGGUUGCUGGCACCCAUGGGAAAUAGAAUUUUCCGGUUUCGACUAUUUCGACUUCACGGAGACGAGCAUGUGCGACUGAUGUUCGACAUUCAUGGGAGGAUCAUGUGUGAACAGGUAAUGGAGCUGUCCGCCGAGGUGGGUUACGGUGGUAGUGGCUCGUCCAUACACGAAAUGUACGUACAGGACGAUCGACCUCUCGCACCACCUCCCAUUCAUGUCGCCAUUCCGGAGCAUAAGGGAGAGGAGGGUGAGGAGAAGUCGGACGAGGAUUAUGUGGCGGACAGUGAGUCUUCCGAUGAUGGCGAUAAAGAUGAGUUUGUGCCGGAGACACCUGAGGAGGCUGUGCCAAGUCACUAUCACAGUCUACAUCUGGACGUCAUGCAUGAGAGGAACCCGGUUUCUGACAGCUGUGGAGUCGAUUACAACCUGGACGGCGGGGUGGAGUUUCGAGUCGGACACAGGUUUAGAAGCCGAGAGGCGGUGCUUCAAGGUAUGAAGAACUACAGUAUUCGCAGGAGUGCUGAGUACCGGGUGAUUGAGUCCGACCGCUUAAAGUACCAUGUGCAGUGUCGUCAAGCCGACAGUGGGUGUCAAUGGAGCCCCGUGUCGCCCUUCGUCGGAAUCUCGGAUACUGUCCAAUCCGUCUGUCAGUAUCCUGGUCUUGCAAGGUGUGGUGUAGGCAAGCUAUCACUUCAAACCCUCAUACAGAAAGGUGUGGAUGGCGAAGCAGAAGGCCAUUGCACGGAUCUACGGUUUGUGAAGAGUCGUACAACAAGGUGUCGAAGCUGUUUCAAGCACUGCAGAGCUAUUUCUCCGGCACCUUAUGUGACCUACGCGUCAAACCGUACUACAAAGGACACCUCAUAG